CUAUGUGGAAACCGAGAGACAGAGGAGGACGGUCCCCACGCGGGCACGCGUGCCGAGAGGGUGGGGGGGUUCCCGUGGGCACGAGUCGAGCUCCCGACGCAGUGCCCGGCUGGUACCCGAUGGUACCCGAUGGUACCCGGUGUCACCCGGUGUGUUUUCCCGGUUUGUGGUUCGAGCUGCACCGCUUGUCGGAAACGAGGAAAAAUCGUCCGGCGUGUCGGCGAGAUGAGCUCGCCAGGAGAGAUCGGGCGUGGGAGAUGGGCCGGUGCGUGAGCGGUCUUCCUUCCUCCGGGCCGCCGAAGAUGGAAGCGGUCGGUCCGAGGGCGCGGAGACGGCGGGACGGCGCAAGCGCGCUCGGGAUGGUGGAAACAUUUCUAUUACUGCUUCUGGUGGUGGCCUUUGUGGCGACAUCUUCGGACAUUUCGGAGGACUACAUCAGCGCAACGACUACAUCGCAAUCUCCGCCCAACGAAACAUCAUGGAAACCACCGGAAGUUUCAACAACCAUGGCCGCCAACCUUUCCGAUACAGUCUGGGAAUGUCCAAUUAUAACCAACAAUGCCGUCGAGUGCUCCUGUGACUUUCCGCAUACCUUGAGGUGUACCGGGGACAGGAGUGCGUUGGAAGUAAUCGGCAGACAUUUGAGGAACAGUCGUCCUGGAAAAAUAUCACUUUUGGACAUCACGGUGGCUGGGAUUUCCACACUUCCGGCAAAUUUUCUAGAAGACGUCGCUCUGCACGGAUUGGUCGUUUCCACUGGAGAACUGCGUCGGGUCCACGAGAAUGCCUUCACUGCAUUGGCUAGACCUCUGCAGGCUCUUGGAUUGCCCAACAAUCUUUUGGAUUCCGUUCCAACCGUGGCUCUGAAGCACAUAAUCGGAUUGGACAGAUUGGACUUGUCCCAUAACAAAUUGAAAACCCUAGAAGCCGACUCCUUCAAAGGGCUGUCGAAUUUAAUUUAUUUGGAUCUUUGUGACAAUCUACUCUCGCAACUGUCGCCGCAAGCAUUUUCGGCAGUUCCGGCUUUGCGGUCUCUGAAGAUGAAAGGAAACCGACUGAGCGUAUCGGCACUUUCAGCCCUCAGAGGUUUGAAGAAUCUCGAAGAACUCGACCUCUCCAAUAAUAUGCUUCUGGGACCAAUGGGACCGAAUCUUCUCCCUCGGAUGCCCAAAUUGCGAUUUCUUACCGUCUCUGAAAAUGAAUUAGUGAACGUUCAACAAGGAGCAUUAAUUGGACUUCCGAACUUGACUUCGCUAAGUCUCAGUCACAACCAGAUCGACGUUCUGGAGGACCAUUCCUUCAAGUACUUGUCAACUUUGACUCGGCUAGACUUGGCGAAUAAUCGCAUAGUCGCGGUAUCGAGUGCAUCGCUGGCACAUUUGGACAAAUUGACGACCCUGGACCUGACCCAUAAUUUUCUAAGGUCUUUAACCGCGGACCUGGUGGUGCCAUUGAAGAGUCUGCAAGAUCUGCUGCUGGACGACAACGACAUCACGAUGGUGUCCAGCGACGUUCCCACUUCCAAGCUCCACCUGAAGCGCUUAUCUCUUUCCGACAAUCCUUUAAACUGUGACUGUACCCUGUUAGAGUUUGCCAAUUGGCUGAGCAACUCCACCCUGGACGAGGAGGACAAGGCUUCGGCAGUUUGCGCGACUCCUCCUGCUCUGGAAAACGGAAUCCUAACUCAGGUUUCACCUGGGAGUCUGCUUUGCGGGGAACCAACCCCGCCGAUCAUGACCAGGGUUCCUCUGGCUGGGGCCCAAUUGACCUUAAAAGAAUUCCGCUAUGAUAGAAACACCGGAGUUAAUUUACUCUGGCAUGUGGAGCCUUGUACAGAAAGAUACACUUGUGAUACUUUAAUAGUUUACGAGACCGUUGGCGACAGCGAGGUCCAGACCGAGUCGAGUCCACUUCGUUGCGACUCCAGGCUCAUGAGGGAUCCCUGUUCGCUGCCUGUAUCCAUACCUUCGUCCCUCCGACUGCAGCCUGGACAUAAGUACAAAUACUGCGUGGUGUUGCUGGUGCCAACCGGCUAUGACGAUGUAUCCCUCGGUCUGGGGUGCAGCGACGUGAUCACCCUGGAAGAAACGACAUUCGAUGGUUGGCGGGAGCAAUCCGCGGUGUCUGGGUCCCAGGAUGUGAUCGUCAACCCCAGGAUAACAGGAGUCCACGUAAACGUUUCGGAGCAGGGCUUCCUCCACGUGGAUAUCGGUCUUUCCGAGGAGUCCGCGAGUAACCUGGAUUGUCAGGUCUCGGUGGUGGUGUUCGCAACGGACUCAGUGGUUCAUCGCAGGAAGCUGAACUGCACCUUAAAGUUUGUCACGCUAAGUGGGCUGUUACCAGGAAGAUACACGGUGUGCGUCAGUUUGGACGACGUGGCCGAUGAAGGGCUCCCACCAGGUUCCCAGGAUUACGGGAGGUCUAGAUGCGUCGAGGUGCAGGCAUUUCGACAGUACACGGAGAUGUUCGUCGCUGCGGUCGUUGCAGCGUUUUGCGGAGCUCUCGUCACCGUUGGCCUCAUCUGUCGAAGUCUGAUCAGGCGGGCCAGACAUCCACGUAUUCAGACUCCCUGCUUCUUGCCUGCUCAAGAAUUCGAAAUCACGCAUAAAGCUCAUUACAUUAAGCUCCUGGCGACGACAAAAGUCUGAAGCAUCCCCGAGACUCUGCGUGUCGUACCGUUUUCCUUUUUAAAUAGAGGGGAACGAAUUCAAUUUUCUAACGAAGUGCAGGGCUCCUAUUCUCGAGUUAAUAUGCAUUUUUUUCGCGUACGAAGAGAUUCGCAUAAAAAACGUUCUAUUGCUGCGAAGCCGCGUUGGUCAACGUUUGAAAGUCGAAAACGAAACCGUUAAUUUCGUAUGCAAAACUUGAUCGUCUGAACUCGAAAAUCGGAUCCCUGGUCACCGAUGGACUGAUUUAUCGAGGAGAGAUUCUUUUUUGUACAUUGUUUCUAUUGUAGCAAAAUGGUGCCUUCGAUAAUGACCAUAUUGUGCAUAACGGAGCUGUCCAUAAAACGUAUUUAUAAGUUGGUCAGCCUAAUUGUCAAGGCAGAGCAUUAUUUACAGAACUCGUUAACUUAUUCGCGCAGGUCGAAUCGUUUUAGUAAGACCUGACAUAGGAUGUAAUAGCAGCCUUUUAAGGGCGCCACCUGAAGCUUACUUAAUAAUACUGACAAAUUAGUGAUAAUCGCGGGUGUAUGUAUAUUCGGACGAUUUACGAAUUCUGUUAUUAACUUCAUCCGCGCUUGAGAUAUUCCUGUCAAUGUCAUGAAUAUAAAUAUAUGUAUUUUUUAGAGCGAAUCAUUAAUUAGAUAUAGCGGACGGUUAAACAUUCCAUAAACCGUGUACGAUGACUCUUUAUGUAUAUUGCAUCGACGUGAGGUGUAUGACGGUAGUUUUUGCGUAGACAAUGGAACGCAAUGCCAUACGUUCGUGUACAAAAAUGAACAAUUACCUAUAAACCGAUAUUAUUAAAUAAUUAUAAAAUGUAAGAAUAAUCCAUUUAUGUAUGGCCUAAUAAUUGUCCUUGAUAAGUGCGUCGCAGAAUGCUUAUUUAAUAACAUUGUUCUUUAACGAUGGUAAUGCGUGUAAAUUCCGACGCUUACGUAGAUCUUAAGAUUUCGAUUAGAUUAGGCUCCUGACAUGUUAACCGAAAUAAAUUUUGUUAUUUUUCAA